UCCUUCAAGAAUCCCAAAACCAAAUAUCCCCUGCCACAGCAGGGGGUAAUCUAAUUCUAAGUAAUUAACCUUUUGUUAAUUAUUAAUUAAUCCGUCUCUCAAUCAAUUAAGCGUUAUCUCUAACCCUUUAAUAUUAAUUUAUGGAAUCAAAUCUUGAAAACAUUACCAUCAUCACGAUUUCUAAUCCUCCUCGUGAUGAUGAACCAAAAUUACCAACUCCAGUUCGUACUAGAAAGAGCAAACAUGGUCCAAUACACGUUCUUAGGGUGGCACUCUUAAUGAUGCGAGGAAAUUCUAAAAAACCAAGCGUAACUAAUCAUGUAGAUGAUGAAUCAAAUAACGUUUGGAAAAAAUUUGUGGGGUCCAUGAGACCAUUACAUCUUCAAAGCAACCGAUCGCCGAGAUCGGUAACUGAAUCCAACGACCACCAAAUUGAUCGUGCGAACACUCUGCCACCGCCUUCUCCUUGUGAAUCAUACGGCAGUGGCAGUGUGUUCGCCGAUUUUCCAUCAGAAGAGGAGCCUUAUUCACCGUUGCCAGAGUCACCACCGAAUAGCCGUUACGCUUCGGCCAUAGGGUUGAAUGAAUUGGUGCAAAGUGAUGAGGAGAAUGAGAGACAAGAUGUGAUUAAAGAGGAGUGUUGUGAUCAUGAGGAAGAUGUUGAUGGUGAUGAGAAGAUUGAUGCUAAAGCUGAAGAGUUUAUUGCUCAAUUUUAUAAACAAAUGAAGUUGCAACGUUUCAAUAAUGUGGAUCGUUAUUAUCAAGAACGAAGUGAGAGGUCAUUAGGAUGGUGAUAUAAUGCACAUGCCUUUUGAAUCAUCAUAAUAUAAAAUAUAAAAAACCAGAACAAUCUCAAAUUAUUAUCUUCAAGGAGCAUUAUAAUAAUGUUUCUGUUAUUUAAAUACGUUAUGUUCAUGUUCUUUCCUAAUUUCCUUUCUUUUUAUUUAUUAUUAUUGUUUGAUACAGAUAAUAUGAAGAAAAUUUAAUUGUAAUAUUGUUAUAAUAUUAGGGAGAAGGAUUAAAUUCUACUUUUUUCUUGAUUAUUAGUUUGGUCUUUCUGGGGUUUUGGAUUUUGCAUGAUCUUAUGUAAUCCAUAUUUAUUUUAUCAUCGUCACCAAAAAGUUUAUUGAA